AUGAAUCCAACAAGCACCCCACUAGCGACGUCUAAGACCGAAGAGUCACCACGGCCUCACCGCCCGCGUGAUGAUGGCGAUGUCGAUGUCCUCCAUCUCCUGACACUCCCCACCGAAAUCCGCAUAACGCUCUACCAGCAUCUCUUCUCAUGCCCACAUCCAAUUAAAAUCGAAUCCUCGCACGAAGAACACGCCUACGACUUUGACCAAAAAGAAACCACCGACACUACGACCAGAGUCAUACCAUGGACGCUCCGCCGACCCAACAUACCAAGGGACGGCCUCUCCGCCCAAUUCCUAGCUGUGUGUCAAACCGUCCGCGCGGAAGGCACGCCCUACCUGUACAGUACCAACACGUUCGACUGCUCAUCGCGGUCCGCCUUGCCCGUGCUCCUCCAACACCUCUCCCCCAGCACAUCCUCGCUCAUCCAACACGUCAUCCUCGACUGGGAACAGCUCCAGGAUUUCGCCUGGUCGCUCGCGAAGCCCUCGCAGGUCGCCGCGACAGCGGGCCUGCAGGUUCUUGAUCUCGCGACCUGGCGGACCCGCGUGCUGGGCGGCUCGAGCGUGCACUGGGGCAACGUCAAGGCAUGGGAGCGCGAGCUGUGCCAUGCCGCGCUGGAUAUCUGUGCGCGGCAUCCCCUGCUGCAUAGCGUCUUGCAGCGCCCGUUUCAUCGCUCGAAACGAGCGGUCGAUACUGCUGGAAUCCCGAGGACGACUCACCGCGUUAAGUGGCGAUUUGUUACCGAGGAAGCUAGCGUGGCAGGGGCUAGUUCUGGGAAUUUUGAGUACGAGAGCGAGAGAGUGCUCAAUUUGCAGCACGAAUUGGCCCUGUUGGGCCCUGUCGCUACUACUGCUGAGCAUACUGACAACAUGCCUUCUGCCCAGGGCGUGCUCGAUCCAUUCUAA